AUGCAGGGGAUCCCCCCGAAUUCCAGCCCGUGGAGGGCCCCCGGAGAUCUCUUUGGUAAAGCAGCCAUGCCCGCUGAGGAGAGCCGUGGCAGUGCUCUUUUUCAAAGCCUUUCUACGGCGAACGCAGCAAGAGCAGCAGCAGCACCACCCUCCCUCUUUGGAAACACCCCCGGGUCCUCCGCCUCCACAGGCAGCACCUCCACGAGCACGACCACCCCCUUCAACGCAGCCUCAGCUGCUCCCUGGGGGGCGACGACAAGUCUCUUUGGAGCUUCUUCUGCGGCAAAUGCGGGUCGACAAGUAGCCGCGUUCGCAGGCAUCGCGCCAUCUGCGGUUCCCAAAGGCACUGGUGGUAGUGGACACAUACUGUUUGGAAGGGGUGUCGGAGUAGCGGGAACUUCCUCAGGUCUCGUUGGAGGCGGCAGCACUAGCAGCAACAACGCGGCCUGUAAGUCUGGAGCUUCUGGCGGGGAGUCGGGCUGGAGCUUCGGACGGAGUGAGCUCCUGUCUAAUGCAUCUACAACUGGCGGGAUGUUUGGCAUCCCUCAGGGGACAAAUUUCGCGAAUGCUGCUGCCGGUAGCAGUGCGCUUGAUGGUAGGUCUACGGAAGCGCUUUCGCCUCCCGCAGCCGUCAAUUCUCUGUCCAAGGGACAGGGUGGGGUUGCUUCAAGUGCCACGCUUGUAGAUGCCGCCAAUACUUCGCAAGGCUUAUCUGCCGCUGCUUCUUCUGUCUUCUCCAACACACCGCUACGGGCUCCCGCUUUCGGAGCAGGCGCUGAUACGCGUGGGGUAUCCGGCAGUACGACGGCCACCGGUAUUUUGUUUGGGGGCCCUUCGAGUGGAUCUGCCUCGGGGGGCCCCCUCUUUAGGGGCCCUUCGAGUGGAUCUGCCUCCGGAGGCCCCCUCUUUGGAAGCUUCGCGAGUGGAUCUGCCUCGGGGGGCCCCCUCUUUGGGGGCCCUCCAGCUGCUAGGCCCUUGCCUAGUGGCGGCUUGUUUGGCAGUGCAGUUGGGGAGGCCGCCGUGCAGGAGGGCACUAGACAGGCAGCACUUUCGCAUCAGAAUAAUAAAGCCGCCAGCAACCGCGUUGGUACUGCUGCAGCUUCCGAGGGGCUCCUGGCUUCUUCCUCAAGCAGCGGCUUAUUCGGAGGUGCGGCAGCGCGGGGGCCCUUUUCUGCAGCUCGCUCGAAAGGCAAUUCUUUGCCUUCUGAAGUCUCCAAUGGGUGCCCCCCAGCCACACGUAGCGGGGGCCCUUUCGAAGGCACUGCUGCUCGAGAGGCUUCCAGCUUUGAGGCGGGCAGUAGUCUGUUUGGGGUCGCAGCUGCACGACGCAGCAAUGCCGUGAACGGGCAUUCUGGGGGCCCCCCUGAAAGAUCGGCCUUGGGGGCCGCUCUUACCAGCAAGGGGCCCCCUCCUGGACACUCCGUUGGCGGAUCGAGCCUCUUUCUCGGCAGCGUGUCUGCUGCGGCUGGUACUGGCGGCUUGGCAGCAACAAAAAACGCAGGAACGCCAAGCGAGGAAGCAAGCAGCGGCAGUGCUAAUGGUGGCAGCGUGGUGGCUGUGCAUGGGAGAAGUCGCCUCUGUGCAGCGGAGGGCCGCGCGGUUCCUCCGCCUUUGCCGCAGCCUCAAGGCUCCCACGCAAAUCCAAUGCUGCAGGCGGAUCUUGAGGAUGGGGCCUUAAUUCUGCGCGUCCAGGUAGUACAGCAGCUGCAGCAGUUUCUACUAGACGGCUCGCAAGCGUCCUCACCCACCGGAGGAGGUGACGGCUCCCCGGGAGGUGCCUUUGUAGGCCAGCUUUACGGCUGCUGCAGCCACGAGGAAAUGCUGGAUAAGCAACAGGUUUCAACGGCAUCAGACUUCGAACGCCUAGACGCAACGGUCCCUGGAGAUCCAGAAGCACGCAUUGUCAACGUACACCUCGCCUUCUCAUCCUUCCGCCGCAGUGAUGCGGGCAAACCAUUCAAGCAGUCAGACACUCGCCCUGCAGUUUGGUGCCGGCGAGCGGUGCAUGCACUCCUAACAUACUUUGCUGAUGCCGAUUUGACCAAUGGAUGCAUGCAGCAGCAGCAGCAGCAGCAGCAGUGUCUGCCCAGGAAGGAAUACCUUUAUCCGCGGCCCAGGCCGUACGCGUAUAUUGACGUCUACAACUUUCUGAGAGACAGGCUGAGGGCUUGCUGGCAAGAGCUCACCGUGCAGCAUGUGUCACCCCAUAGAGCCUCCAUAGAGACCCUUGAGAUUUCCUUCCGCUUCCUUGUUCUCUCUGAGGAGCUUUUGGCGGGAACUCCUGGCUUCGAUGCAGUCUCGAACCACGGGCUCAUGCAGACAUGCCUUGACAAGCUGAUGCAGGGAUACGAGGCGACUCGCGCAUUUCGCAGCAAACGCGAUGCUGCCUCCGCUGCUGCCACUGCUGCUGCUGCUGCCGGACCAGCCGCAGCAGGGCUUAGCGCGACGGACCUCAUGGAUUUGCUAGUUUACAGCAGCCCGUACGAAGGGGAGUUCUGGGGGUUUCGUCUGCUGAUGCUCUUGGCUCAGGAAGCCAGCGACACUGCUGUAGUAUCGCUGCUGCAGCGGCUGCCGCAGCAGCUGCAGCAAGACCCCUCCGUGCGGUUCGCACUCUCCGCGUACAAGGCCUUCAAGGCUUUGGAUCUCCGGAGAUAUGUCAGAUUGAUGCGGGGGGGGCCGUAUCUGUUGUGUGUGCUGUUGCACAAGUUUCUUCCAUUUGCGAGGGCCCGCCUGCUCGCCGCUCUCGUCUUCAACAGACUGGCCGGAGGCUCUAGAAAUCCCAUCAGCCCCCAGAGACUUGCUGUCUUGAUGGGAUUUGACGGAGAAGAUGAAGAUCUCUUCCUGCUGUUUCUGAAAGCUUACGGCAUCGGCACGUCAGUGACGCCUCGAGGCCUGCCAGUCUGUCUUUUAGAGCAGACGGACAAGUCGCUGCUGCAAGAUCUCUCUUCCUACAAGAAGGCGAAGGGCCCGAGAGCACCUUCUGCGUUUCUCGCCCCCCCCUCAUGCUCCUCGAGAAAGCAGCUCCUGGAUCCGGAUUACCCCCCCGAGCCGCCGUUUGCUGCUGCUCCCCCGCCGCAACAGCAACUCAGGCCUUCCGCCGCAGCCCUCAGCAAGGCGUUCUACCUCAAGCAGCAGCAGCAACACGCACCGGAAGAGCCGCAGCGCCAGCAUGGGCUGCAGGGGCAGCAACAGCAAGACGAACUCAGGAAGCUGAAGCGGCUGCAGCAGCUGCGGCUCCGCCAACAGGCGCACAAUAAGUCUCUAGAGCGGCCGCAAGAGGGAAAGCAGGAGUCGCAGCACGAAGCAGAACAGCAGCUGCCCCAAGAGCACUCCACAAAGCCGCCACUUUUCCGUUUCGCAGCAACCUCCGCAGCGGACGAAAGAGUAGCUGCACAGCAUGCCGCUUCCGCAGCCUCAGGGUCCUCUGUCUCCACCCCAGGUGUUCAGGAGGGCUAUGGGAAAUCUGGCGAGGCGCAACAGCUGCGACAUCCGCAGCACCAGCAAACUUUGGAGGACUCUCAAGGGCAGCAACAAGAGAAGCCAAACGGGGCACUAUUCCAAGGGGGGGUGCAGGCGUCUUCGUCUGUUCGUAUAGGUUCAGCAGAGCGCGUAGAGUGGCUGCCUUCCUCUGUGGACGUUACUAUGGCAACGAACGCAGAGACUCGUCAAGCACUUGUAGCUGGACAGGUCCCUUCAAGGGGGCCAUCAGAUACGCAGGCAAGCGGAGUGGCACAGGAUGCAGCUGCAGCUUCGACGCCAGCACGCUCCCCGCCAAUGGCCAAACUGACGUCUGAGGUAUCCGAGGCUUCACCGCAAGACAGCGCUGCCGCUGCGGGGGAUCUGGAGGCUCUUCCUGAGGGCAUCAUUGGCAUCCGGAGGUGGAGGCGGCGACGGGCGAGCAGAGCGGAACUGUCCAAAGAAGACGACUCAUGGAAGGAGAAGGAGGGCCCUCACGAGGAAGAACACUCUCCGGCCAGGACGCGCGAGCUGAAGCAGCUAGAAAGACAGCAGCAGGAGCACCAAGAGCAGGAGCAGCAGAUGCAGAUGCAGCGGAAGAAUCAGCUGCAGCGGUUGCAGCAGCCCUCACGGCAGCAACAGCCGGCUCAGCUCCAGCCGCGUCGGCAACUGUCGCCUCAGUCUCAGGCCGCAGAUGACUUGCCCGAGAGCUUCCUGAGGAGAUCCUCAUCAAUCAACACGCGGGAAGCUCCUGAGGAGCAGACAACCCCAACAGCAGCAGCAAGAGCCGCAGCCUCACUUUCUCUGGCCAAGAACUUUCUGGUUGAGGGAGAAAUCGAGCGCGCUCUUCAUGCUCUUAGGUCUCCCGAGGAAGACUUUUUGAGACUGCUGCAGCACCAAACAGAGUGGCCGCGGCAGCCGCUUCCAGAAAUGCUUGCGGCUGCCAUUGCUGCAGCUGCGUCUGUCCUACCGCGAGAUACCCUGGAUGCCAUUCUGGCUUGCGAACAACAGCAAGACGAGGAUCAGCAUGAAAUGCAGCAGCAGCUGCCGCUGCAGUACGACUCGCCGCCUCGCCUCUUCUUCAAGGUCGUCUUUCUGAGCCGCCGCGCCGCUGCUACAGAGGCCCUGUUGCUGCGUGUGAUUGCUACGGCUGCACACGGGGUUGCCGUGGGGAGCAGCAGCAGCAGCAGCAACACUGCAGCUCCCGUGCUUCUGCGGGGGUGUCUUACUGCUGCAGAGACACCAGCGCUCCCUCUGGCAGGUCACUUGCUGCUCUGGCCGCAACAAGCUCUACCCCUUCCGAGGGCUGCCUUGCCAGUGCCUCUGUUCUGCGCAUUGCAUGCAGUGGGCGGCUUGGCUGCGCCCAGUGCCGCAGAAAAAAGUCAAGGGGAGGUCGCGUAUGCGGUGGCAGUGGAGGAGGCAUUGAGUGGAGCAGCCAUGGUGCUAUCGCCCCUCCCUUUCCUGGUGUCGCUUCCUUUUGCAGACGCAGAAACACCUGUGGCAGAGACAGGACUGCAUGCACCAGCCGCAUCACAUAGCUCCCUCUGUGCCGUGUGCGGCGGCAGUCGCCCCGACACCGUACAGCUGCCAUGCAGGUUCUCUGAUCCACACACAAACCGCGAAGGCGCAGCCGCAGCACAGCAGCAGUGGACUGCAGCAGCAGCGGAGAUCGCACAUGCUCUUAAGAUGCUGCAGCAACAGCAGGGGCAAACCGACACUGCUGUGGUGUCUGUAGUCUUUGCACUGUCGCUGCCUCCGCAGUUCUUUUCUAGGCAUGCAGACCAAGCUGCAACAGAUAGCUCCUGUCAUGGAAAAGGUUCCUUCUUACAGUAUUCGCAGCACCAGCAGCUAGCUCGCCCCGUAGAUGACGAAGUUCACACUGCCUGCGCAGCUGUCCGCACGCAGCUCUUCCGCGCCGUUUCCUCGAAGUAUCCAGAGUUUAAUCUCGCAGAAGCCGACGUGCAAGUGCGGUGCAUUGCAGUUGUCGGGUCGGGUGGGGUUCGCCGCAAAUCCAAUGACGGCUGCAGCAACAGCACCAGUAGCUGCUACUGCAUGCAAGACGUCCUCCCUUUUGCCCGAGGCUUGCUACAGUGCCUCUCCCUUGAUCCGUGGGAAGCGCUGCGGCGAGGCCCCCUUAUGGAAUCGCUGGUGCGACAACGCCCCAUGCAGCUGCAGCGACAGCAGCUGCUGCUGUCUACAUGGAUUCGCACAUGGAAUCAGGCUCUGAAUGCUGCCACUCGCGCGGCAGCAGCUCGUGCUCGGGAGUCCUUUAAGGGUCUUCUUGUAGCAGAAUUGCAGCAAGAAGGCGAUGUGCUGCUUGCGGAAGCUCCGGAGCAGCUUUUCGAUGGGCCUGCCGCUUUACAGGUGGCACAGGUAGCCGCUGAUGCAGCAUUGUGUAUGGAAGCCUUCCAGGCAGCAGCGGCAGCAGCCGCGGGAUUUAUCAAUCGCUGCAGUAGCCGCUUGUGGCAGCUGCCGCCAGCUGAAUGGUUACUGGCCCUCGAGAUGCGGCUGCUACACGGAACCCAGCAGUUGCAACAGCACGCGCUUUCUCUUGCUGAUGCAGAAUUUGCAGGCUGCUUUCCCUCAGUAGACUGUGAUAUUGUUUAUGAACUCGCCAGGCCGCUACUCCAGAGACAUCAUGAGAACAUUCAGCAGCAGCGACAAAUCCUGCCUUUCCUCCGCCGGGUGUACAGUAAGGCGGCGGCGUUGUCGCAGCUUGUCGACCUGGCCACUGUUGCUGACGCGUGCCGUUCUGCAGAGCAGCAUCCGACGCAAAUGCAAGAUAAGUACCACUCCCUACAGACUGUAUAUGCUGCGGCACUGGACACCGCACGGCGCAAUGCAGCAACAGUCAUAGCAGCAGUUGGAAGCGAGCCCAUGGUCUUCCCCUUCUCUGUGUGGCACCGCUUCGCCGGACCGGCAUUUCUUCCGUGGUCUCAGCUGUCGAUGCCUCCUUCACUUGCAGCUUUGGAAGAAACUUUGCGAAAAUACAACGACAGCGUGCAGCGCCAGAAAAAGAACCGCCCUGAACGUGAAGACGAAGAAAAUGAUGAAGAGGCCUCGGUGGUUGACUGCAAGGAGCAGCAACAGCACUGCGUCAAACGGCAGUGCCCGCAGCCCUCAGAUGAAGAACCGCGGCAACUGCGGCGGCGACUGUGCUGCAGAAACCUUACGCUUUUAGACGAAUGCAUGCGUUUCGCUGCAGAAGAAGCGCAAAGCACAAAAGCCCUGUUGGAUCGGCUGAGACUUUAA